GCAAGUCUGCAGCGUGUUCUUUUAAGCUUCUCGUCUCCUUUCUUUUUUGUUUCUCUCUUUCUCUUUCUUCCUUUCAUCCGGGUUAUCAUUCUAUUGUCUCGUCUUUUUCAUAUUACACGCUACACAUACAACCGAAAAAAAAGCAAAAGAGAUAAAUGACUCUUGAAAACGACCCUCAUUCAACGUCAAAACGGAUGCGAAUGACGCUGGCUUGCGAGCGGUGCAGACUGAAGAAGGUCAAGUGUGAUUUCGCCCAUCCAAUAUGUGGUCGAUGCCGCGGCGCUAAAGCCGCAUGCUCAUACACAGGAGCACCUACGCAGAUUGACUUGUUCAACUUGGUGCAGCUCAACGAAACUGUAAGCCAACUGCAAUCCCGGGUUGCUGCAAUAGAAAGUGGUGUUGAAGGAAUUAAAGACGACACACGAUUCAUUGCCAAAGAGAUUCGAAAUAAGCGACUAAAAACGAAACACGAGUUUGCAACAACAGCCACAGCACCUUCAUGCAACUAUGAUGCUGAAGUACCGUCGUCGUCCAUCCCCUUAGCUACCUCCUCUUCUUCAUCUUCAUCUUCACCCCCACCGUCAUCGCCAGUUCAACAGCAACAAUUAAAUCCAAACUGGGCCGUCUCCUUGACACCUAAUGGUCUACGAGUGGACACGAAUAUCAUUUCUCUGAAUGACCUAUAUGAUAUACUGCUUUCCGGCUUGUCACAGCUGAGAACAAUCGCAACGACCACUAGUACGCCGAAACACUCUAACCCAACGUCACACGCGGGGCUGCCGCAUCCAGCAACAUAUUCGAAUGCGCAGACAGCAACAACUGAUGCAGAAGCACCAGGAGGAAUCAAAAGACAUCACGGUCACGAUCAUCAUCAUGAAAGCCCACAGCAGCAUCACCGGGAAGAGGAUAAUGACGAGGAUGACGAAGAAGACGGGUUAAACGCCGUUGUUAUCAAAUACAAUCCCCUGUACAGAUCCAAAGACAUCAUCUUCCCGCUGUAUAGCGCUUGGGAAUCUGGCAAUAGCAAUCACGAAGUUUGUGCUACCACAUCACGAACCAGUACAUCGUGUUGCAUUGCUCGGAAACUACCGCAUCCCGCACUAUUGAAUCAGCUACUCAAAAUCUACGAAGAGUGUUUCUUGUGCUUGCCGCUGCCCGAGAUGGAUACGUUCUUACAACAAUGCAAAGAACAGACCGCAUCACCGCUCUUAAUUAAUGCCGUCUUAUCCUGGUCAGCACGCCAUGCAGCCAUCUACCACGGUAUUCUGGGUCAACAAGAUCCAAACCGGGUGGGUGAACCCUACUUUGCUGCAGCCAAGGCCUUACUGCGCGAUGCAUUUCUCACACCACGUGUUGAGACGGUGCAUGCACUGUUACUGAUGUACAUCUACAGCAUUGGAAAAACGGGUCCGGACCGAUGUGAAUCUGAAGCCUAUACCUUCUUGGGUCUAGCCACCCGUAUGGCGUUCGACUUGGGCCUCCAUCGCGCACAUCCUGAGGACGAAACAGGCCGCCGACUGUUUGCUGCCUUGGAAUUUCUGGAGACGCUAUGUGCAGCGCAUUCAGAUAAACCGAUGCUAUUUCCACUACAAGCGCAGACAAUCCAGCUUUUGGACCAUGAACAAGGCGAGCGCCGUUACCGCGCUGAAUUUACCAAGCACAGACACAUGAUCAACCAAAUUUAUCGCCGCAUUCAUACCAGCUGUCAUCAAAGCGACCCCUUGUUCAAGACAGUAUCCACCUUGGAGCGCGAACUCAAGACUUGGUACAAGCAGCUACCAUGCUAUUUCCAAUACAACCCGCACCAACAAAAGUCAUGGACAAGCACUUCGUUUCGGGAACAGGCAUGUCUGAAGCUCAACUUUGAGUAUCAUUUUCAAAUGUGCCAGCUAUACUCAAUCUUUCUGCCGCCUCAUCCGGACAAGCAACACACUGUGAACCUACUAUCGUUACGCUUGUGUUUGAAUAGCGCCGAUGCCAUCACUGAGCUAUUGGAGUGCUGGAUGCAGCUGCGCCAACCAUGGUGUCAUUUCACUCUGGACACGAUUGUCAUGGCGUGCUUGGUGUACGGGCAUCAGUUCAAGUCUAAGAAACCGGAAGUUUUGGCUCAUGCGAAACGGCAAAUGCAGCGCGUAGGAGCGGUGCUCAAAUCAUCGCCCGUCAAGCACCACAAGUAUGUACGUACAUUGAUUGCUCGCAUUGAAAAGCAAACAAAUCCGUCGCUAUCACCCCACGACCCGGACGACGACGACGACGAAGAACAAGAACAAGAGGACGCAUCAUCAGCACCAGCACCUUCAUUAUCGUCAACAUCUUCAUCAUCAACAUCGUCGAUUUGGCAAGAACAGACACCACUGCAUCCAUCGUCAUCACCAUUCCCGCCUACUUCUGGAGCAGCAGUAACGGCUACCAUUACGGAUACGGCUGCUCAUGUUAGUACUGCUCCACCGCCGCCCAUGGCCGUGCUUCCAAGCGCGCCAACGGCAUCCUUGGAGGAAGAUUGGUCCUGGCUAAAGCCGACAGAUAUAGCUGUCAACGAUUUGUUUCGGUUUGCUGAUUUCAUAUAUACACCCACGAUGGAUAUGAUGGGCUAUCAGUGGCCGCCCAGUUAGUCUCCCGAUCAAUUUUGUAAUAAGA